AUUUCUGCUCAGGCUUGUGCAGGGGCAGCUAGGCAGGACCCACAGUGCAUGGAUUCAUUCCAGUUGCUCUCACUGGCUGCCACAGCAGAUUUGCCUCGGUGCAGCAGGGAAUUGGAGCUGAACCUCCCCCUUGUGCAUGAAAACACUCUGCAAACAUGGCUGGUAAGAUCCAGGGUCUGACUGAAGAGGAGAGGGCCCACCUACUCCCUCUGCUACGCAGCGCUCAGUGGGUGGAGGUUGUAGGACGGGACGCCAUUUACAAAGAGUUUAUUUUCAAAGACUUCAAUCAGGCUUUUGGAUUUAUGUCUAGAGUGGCUUUACAAGCAGAGAAGAUGGAUCAUCAUCCUGAGUGGUUCAAUGUCUAUAAUAAGGUCCAGAUCACUCUCAGCACACAUGACUGUGGGGGUCUGUCUCAGCGUGACAUCACUUUGGCCACCUUCAUCGACCAGGCAUCUCUGAUGUGACAUCUGACACUUCAGCAGUGAAAACUGAAGUGCUGGAAGUCGCAGCUCUUCACAUAGUCAUUCAAUGGAAAAUCUCUAAGGAUGUGACCUGCAAAAUCCAAAGAAUUAGAAUCAGUUAUUUUCAGGUCAUUGUGAAUAAUUCAAGUAUAUACUGCAACGAUCAAAGGGUGCUUUUAAAAAUGUUGUGUUGUUAAAAAUGCUAUUAGCUAAAGAAAAUGUUAAAAUUGUGUUUACAAAAUCAGAUCUUCAGAGCUGAAGGAAUUUCUCAGCAGCCAUUCCAGUUGUAACAGUCACAGUCAAACAUUUGUUUUUCUGAACCAACCAGUGUCUUAUGUGCCAAAUGUUUUUGUACUGUGUGAGUAAAAUGUUAUUCUCUGUCAAA